CAAAAGACGCACAUGCUUACAAACUUGCCUGUAUCUAUACAUCUAUCUCUGCCCCCCCACCACCACCACCCAAGAAAGGUAAAUAAAAGGAAAAUUGAAAUAAAGAUAUAAAGAAGCCUCUAACUAGCCUAGCCGCCUACUAUUCCCUUUUCCCCACCUAGUCUCUGUUUGUUGACUAUUCGCCGUCACCCACAUAACUCCUCCUCAAAUCAAUUGAAUUUCGGCUAUCUUUUUUGUUGUGGAAGAAAGAGACAAUUUAUUUUAAUUCUCAGAAAUUAGAAAAAAAAUGCUAGAAACUGUCAAGUACCUGAUGGGCACGGCUGGGGCGAGUGGGUUCAGUUCCAAGUCCACCGCCGAGCAAGUCACGGCCGUCUGCCCUGAUCUCCGGCCUAUCACGGCCAUCAUCACAGGUGCGACAUCUGGGAUAGGCGAAGAGACGGCCCGGGUUCUGGCUAUGCGCGGGGCUCGGCUCGUUCUUCCGGCCCGCAACCUCAAAGCGGCCGAGGAGACUCGCUCUCGCAUUCUGUCCGAGUUUCCCCACUCGGACAUUCUUGUCAUGGGGCUUGACCUCAGCUCACUCAACUCCGUACGCCGAUUUGUGGCCGACUUUCAAUCUCUUAAUCUUCCUCUCAAUCUUCUAUUCUCGUACGAUCAUGCUAUUUCGGAGGAUGGAGUUGAGAUGACGUUUGCUACUAAUUACUUGGGUCACUUUUUGUUGACAAAGCUAUUGUUAAAUAAAAUGAUGGAGACGGCGAAAACUAGCGGCGUGCAAGGAAGAAUAGUGAAUGUAUCGUCUAGUAUUCACAGCUGGUUUUCGGGAGAUACGCUUCGUUAUUUAGACUUGAUUACCAAGAAUAAGAGUAGUUAA